AUGAAUCAAGAAAUCUUAAGCAGGGAAAUAUCUGGUCUUUCCUUGAAUCAAGCUGUUUUGCCGCAAACAAGCUCGAAGAAAAGUAAAAGACCGAAUAGAGCCUACCAUACCCUGGCUGCUGGGGUAAGUGCACCAACCACACCUGCUUUACAGUCAACUUCUCAAGACUAUUUCCCACUUGAACCAAAUGGUCACACUUUUUCGCCAAUGGGAAUGCCUCAUGCUUCAAUGAGUGCUCCAAGGUUGGCUGCUGAUAGUCCAGCCAUGCUCUCCCAAGAACAGUUCAGUUCUUCGUCACCAUAUGGGGUUCAUUCAGCUGCGCAGGUACCUGCUUAUACUUCAUCGCAACUAGUCGCUGCGCAAAGGUGGGAGGAUCAGAUUCAAUUCUUAGCUCGAACUUUCGAAACCGCGAAAGACACGGUACCACCUUUACCUACAACCCAAUUUUAUGCAGUCGACCAGGGGGUUUGUGACCCUCGAUUGAUGAGCUUAUCUAUGUACGGCGUGCCAGUGGAUGAACGUCGAAGAGCAGCGACAAAACUUCCUCUUGGGUUGACCUUGCAGCCUUUUGCCAAAUUGAUCCCAGAAGAACCGAUCCCAGUUGUCGAGAGUUCCAACGAUCAAGGCCCAUUGCGUUGUAGACGUUGUCGUGCUUACAUUAAUCCUGGUUUUAAGAUGGGUUACGACUCUACAGCGACUUGCAACAUAUGCAAAGUGAAGUCGCAGAUUCCAAUCGAUGAGUAUCCUCCCGCUGAUCCUCAAGGAUUUUCGAAUGGUAUGAAAGUUGAACUAACCAAGGGAUGUGUUGAUUUUGCUGUUCCAGAGAUGUACAAUACCAUCAAAGGUCAAAAACCUUUGCCAUUGCAUUACGUUUUCCUAGUGGAUAUCUCCCUGCUGGCAAAUGAGAAUGGGAGCUCUGUGGCCAUUACUGAAGGAAUCAGGACUUGUAUAGAGUACAUUGGCGAUUUCCAGCCCAAUUGUAAAGUGGCUAUUAUGGCAUUCGACAGCAAGAUUAGGUUUUUCAACUUAAACCCUGACUUGGAAUCGGCACAGGAAUAUGUUAUUGGUGAUUUGACUGAUGUGUUCUUGCCUUUCUAUGAAGGUUUAUUUGCAAAACCUCAGGAUUCGAUCAGAGUUAUCGAUGAUACAUUAAAGAAGAUCACCCACUACAUCACUACCGAGAAGUAUUCCCAUGUGGCUCAAAGCUGUUAUGGCUCAGCGAUUGAGGCUGCCAAGCUUGCCCUGGAUACAGUCACUGGUGGCCAAGGUGGUAAGAUCAUUUGUUCUUUGAACUCGUUACCGACAGUGGGCAACGGUAAUCUCACUUUGCGGAAGGAUGAUAACUCAAAGAAACAUAUGAAGUGUGACAACGAGUUCUACACUAAGCUGGGUCAUGGUCUUAUGAGAUCAUAUAUCUCACUGGAUCUCUACAUAACAAGCUCCGUCUUUAUCGAUAUGGUCACAAUAGGAUACCCAGUGGAAGCUACAUGUGGUGUUUUGGAAUAUUACCCCGGUUUUACUCAGGACAAAGACGAGUUUACCUUAGUCAAUGACAUGUUACACAACGUGUCGAAUAUCGUUGGCUACCAGGCUCUUCUAAAGAUCCGCUGCUCCACCAAUAUAUCGAUCUAUCAGUACUACGCGGAAUCUGCUGGUAACACCGAUCGCGAUCCAAUGUUCCCUGCGCUAACCACGGAUACCACCAUGGAUGUGUUAUUGAAAUACGAUCAAAAAUUGAAGUCGGGCUCCAAUGUCUCAUUCCAGGCUGCACUUCUUUACACCGAUAUUGACGGUAACCGUAAGGUGCGUUCUAUCAAUGCAAAUGCCAACGUCUCUGAGAACGUCAAGGAAAUCUUCCAAUUUGUGGAUCAAAACGUUGUCAUGAGAAUUAUGAUCAAGGAUGUGAUCUCUUCGCUCGGUGACUGUGAUUUCACUAAUAUCCGGAAGACUAUUGAUGAUAAGAUGGUUGAUGUUCUCACUCAGUACAAGGCAUUAGUUGGCAGUAACCUGGGUCCACAAUUAGUGCUCCCGGAAGCUCUCAAAACCCUGGCCUCAUUUAUGCUUGCUUUUGAGAAGAGCGAUCUGAUGACACCCAACACCCAUAGUACCCGUGGUAACGACCGUUGUUACGACAUAUUUCACUACAAGACAAUGAACAGUGCUCAACUAUCCUAUAAAUUGUAUCCACAAAUCGUGCCACUACAUGUUUUGCUUGGUGAAGAUGAAUUGACUUUCUACGACACCACCGAUAAAUUACUCCAAGUAUCACCAAAUUCGAUCGAGAACCUGUCAGUAAGAAACUCACACUCCAGUAUCACCAACGGUGGUUGCUACCUGAUCUUCCAAGGUGAAACCGUAUACCUAUGGUUCAACGAGAACACUAAUCGUCUAUUACUGCGCGACCUCCUCCAGGUGGAAGAAGGCGUCCCGGUCAGCGAAGUCACCCUCUUCGGAUCCUCACUGCCACAAUUACCUACUCAAGUGAAUGCAAAGGCCCUUGCUGUCAUUAAGAACUGGUCUCAAGUGACAAAUCAUUCUUUCCUACCAGUAGAAUUAUUAAGGCCCAACGUCGAUCGUUACUACAGCCGCGUCAUGACUCAAUUGCUAUGCGAGGACAAGUCCAUCACGAAGGUAGAAUCGCACGAUACCUAUCUAGUCAACUUACAUCGCCAGAUCCAAGAUAAGUUGAAGAAAGAAGACUACGUCAAAGUCGCCUCGUCGAACAACGCCCACACAGGCGAUAUGCACCAAAAAUUCAUCCAAUUUUAA